CAUAAGCGCGCCGUCGUCGCAGUCGGAGUGGUGCUGGUGUUGUGCUCGUGCUUGCGGAUAAGCGGAUUAUUCCUGGGGUGGUGGCGUUUGUUUUGUUUUUGGUGUUUGCUGUACGAUCCUCAAAGUGUCGCAAACCUCCAGGAAGGACUGUAUCGUCUCGCUCGUGGUGCAACAGUUAACACCUUUUCACCGUUCGCUAAAAAGUUGGUAUUCGAAAUAGAGUGAAGUGCGAUAAAGCGCGUCCACGAAAAUCGAUCUGCGUUUUUCGUUUGUGAAGGUGGUGGUACACCGUGGCGUUUGUUGGCGUGUGUCGUUGUCGUCAGCAGUCCCAACGGAAUUACUAAUAAGCAAGUCAACAACAAGUGAGUGUACCGCUCGAAGUGUGUGGCUGACGCGACAAUACGAAACAUGGUGCUAGUUUAGAAUAAUUCGAGAACAGUUUUCUAUCCAGAAGAUCGUUCGCUACGCAUACCAAAGGUAAGCAGUGCGACGAAGCAGCGAUUUAUUGAAAGACAGCUUCGACCGAGCCAGGCGGGGUCAACCAGUGGUCAAAGGGAAAGCAACAUCAACGACCCCCACCUCUUUACAGCAGCAGCGCAAGCAGCAGCACCAGCAACAAGCACCAACGGCGGCAGCUUCAACGAGCAUAACCCACAAGUUGCGAACGGGAUGAGCUAGAGAUGCGAUUUUGCAGUCCUGCAAAACGCCCAGAGUUAUCGAAGGAGCAGUAGCAUCACCUUGAAUCCUAAGCAAAAAAGCAUUCCCAGUCCACGAUGUUUAAGCUACUCUCGGGCUUGAAGCCAUACUUCAAGAGCCAGGACAUCCAGACGGAUGAUAUAGUGUUUCGGCUGCACAACACAUUCACCACUGCCUUGCUGCUCGCCUGCAGUCUCAUCAUCACGGCCACACAGUAUGUUGGCAAUCCGAUCAACUGCAUCGUCGGCGGUGUGCCGUCCCAUGUGGUCAACACGUUCUGCUGGAUCUCCAGCACGUUCACGAUGCCCGAUGCAUUCCGGCGACAGGUUGGACUGGAAGUGGCACAUCCUGGCAUAGCGAACGAUUUCGACGAUGAAGAUGCCAAGAAGUACUACACGUACUACCAGUGGGUGUGCUUCGUUCUGUUCUUCCAGGCGAUGGCAUGUUACACACCGAAGUUCAUCUGGAAUGCAGUGGAGGGCGGCCGGUUGCGGAUGAUCGUCAUGGGACUGGAUGUUGGUGCUUGCAAAGAGCAGGAGAAAUGUACGAAAAAGCAAAUCCUACUCGACUAUCUGAUCCGGCAUCUGCAGCGCCACAAGAUCUAUAUGAUCCGUUACUUCCUCUGUGAGGUGCUUUGCUUCGUCAACAUCGUCGUGCAGUUGUGGCUUAUGAACAGGUUCUUCAAUGGCGAGUUCCUGUCGUACGGAUGGAACGUACUGCAGUACUCCGACACGCCACAGGAACAGCGAACGGAUCCGAUGGUGUUCGUGUUUCCACGUGUUACCAAGUGUAACUUCUUCAAAUAUGGAGCUUCCGGUUCGAUACAAAAGCAUGACGCCAUGUGUAUUCUCCCGUUAAACAUCGUCAAUGAGAAGACAUACAUUUUCAUCUGGUUCUGGUACAUCCUAUUGGCCGUGCUGCUAGCUGGGCUGCUAAUCUGGAGAGCCAUCAUUAUCUUCGCACCGAAAAUACGGCCAUUGCUGCUGAGGGCAACCAACAGGCUGGUGGGUGCAGACAUUGCCAGACAGCUCUCGAGCAAUUUGGAGCUAGGCGACUGGUGGAUCGUGUACAUGUUAGCGCGCAAUCUCGAUCCAAUCAUUUGCCGGGACGUGUUCAGCGAUCUGGCCAAACGGAUAAAACCGAACGAACAGGAAGGCGAGGAAAAACGAAUGAACUGAUCUGGUACUACUGGUGCGAUUGACAAACGAGAAUGAUUUAGGGAUUUAGAUUUAGGAAAAACUGCCAAGCUACCAUUCCCAGCAGAAACAGAGGCAAAUGUAGCAUGUGCGCCUUUCAUAUUGGCCCCCACCCCCAGCGAAGAAGCACUCUGCCUGACUGCCCACAUCCUUCCUACAGCCUCUACUUUGGGAAAUUUCAAUACCUUCCUCCGUUACAUUCCAGUUUACAAUUUUAUAAAAAAAGCCUGAAAUGACAACUAGCCCACACAGCGGGCAGCAGCAUGAAUCCUGUUCGAUUUACUUUAGUUAGAUAUUCGAAUAUUUAUAUUUGGUUUAGCACGCUGACUGUAGGUUAAAAGACGAUUAAACUCGGAGACAAUUCAAGUGAUGCGCAAGUGCAAAAAAAGCAAGCACCAACAGCACAAACAAUGGCAAUAAGCACACAUCAUUUAUUGUAUCCUCAGCUGUACCCCGCCCGAAGAGGUGUGAUGGGAUAAAACCGUUAGUAGGAAGUAAGUUUUACUCGAAUGUGAGCUCGAAUCCAUGAGACCGGUUUCGAGGGUGAAUAUUUUCAAAUAAAAAUGCCCAAAAGAACACACUUGCGCCCCA